CGCAAAGGCGGGGGUUGCCAUAGUGGAUUAUUUCAACGCAUCGCAGAACCUUGGGAAAUUGCUGAUGGAGCGAUUCGCUUGAUGUCAGAAUUAGCAGCUCAUGCGCCGUCCUUCUUUCCUGAUGAUUUAGUUACUAAAGUUGUUGAAUCUGUCUCAAAAACACACUAUCCUCAUCAUACUUAUCUUCUUGAGACCGCUUGCCGCAUGAUUGCAACUGCCGCAACGAGCCUUGACAAAUUGCAUUUCAAGCGCCAUCUGGACACGCUUCUUCCUGUCCUAGCCUGGUCCAUUUCGAGUAGUCUGUCUUUGGCUAUUUGCGCGGCUGAGGAAGCCUUAAAGGCGAUAUCCCUGCGCGUUGGUUCUUCUAUCCUACGCGGUCGGAUUGAAAAUCACAUGGAUGCUUAUUUGCUCACAAGCUUAUUGUCUCAUCUGUGA